AUGGUGGUAGGAUUCCGGAAGCCGGAAGCGGUGGUUGGUAUUUUUGCCUUUGAAGUUUCAAGUGUGAUGUCUAAGCUGGUCCAUCUAUGGGAAUCCCUUGGUUAUGAACAAGUUGAUAGGCUCAGAAAAUUUAUGUCGGAUUCGGUGGGGUUGAAAGAGCUUGUAUCACAUGAUACCGAUUUCAUUCGAGGUUUAAUACGCGGUGAAUUGUUUGAGAAUAUGAUCCCUUUAACAAAAUUUGUGGCCAGGGUUGGGAAGAAUCAUUGCUCUGAUCUUAGGUUGAAGGAUUUUGAGCAUGCUGUUGGUGAUUUGAUCAACCACGGUGUUGACCCUUUUGGAUGGGUGCUUCCAUAUGAGGAGAUGGGAAAUGAAGCCAAAAAGAUGGAGAGUUUCAUGUCAGUCGCCGCAGUUUUGCAUGACCGGAUGAAACUUGUUUCGCAUCUUGAAGGUACUAGAAACCACAUGGAUGGUCCAAUUUGGCUUGAGAUUCAGAACAAGAUAGAGCUGAAGCGGCUCGAUGUGGCGAAGUUAAAAGAGGAGUCUCUGUGGAACAUGAAUUUCAAUUACAUAGGUAUCCUCUUAGCAAGAUCUGUCUUCACAAUUUUCAAUCGUAUCAAGUCUGUUUAUGGAGUUCCUCAACUGAUGGCCAAAGAUACUGGUCACACUAGUAGUACUCCUAGUCCAUCAAUUUUCAACAAGUACAAGCUCUUUGAUGCUCCACCUGACACACUCGGCGCUGCUGCCUUAGCUCUGAAAUAUGCAGACAUUGUCAUCCUAAUUGAAUAUUUAGUACGUUCUCCUGUCUACGUUUAUACUACACGGAGAGAUAAACUGUACAAUAUGUUGCCUGCAAAGAUGAGAGCUAUGCUAAGUGAAAGGCUUCCCCCGGUCCAGAGCUCAACUUGUUCAUCAAUUAAAGAUGUGGCAGCAGAGAAGAAUGUGGCAAUGCUUGAAAUGUUAGAAUGGUUAGCACCUCUUGCUCAUAAUACCAACAAAUGUCACUCCAUGUGGAAGCGUAAACAGAAGGCCUAUGCUUCCACCAGGAGCCAUGUGCUUCUGGUUCAAACUAGAUACUUUGCAAGUCAACAGAAGACAGAAGCAGCAAUUAUGGAACUCAUUGUUGGUUUGCAAUACAAAAGGCGAGCUGCGGAAAUGCUUUGUGGCCUGGAAGACAAAGCCGAGGCAUCCAUUGUUCUCGAGGAGUCCAAAUCAGUAACUGUUUAA